AUGAGUGGGAAGAUCAUCUUUUAUGAGGACCGUGAUUUCCAGGGUCGCUCCUAUGAGUGCAACAGCGACUGUGCCGAGCUGAAUUCCUUCCUGAACCGCUGCAACUCCAUCAGAGUGGAGAGCGGCGUGUUUGUGGUUUAUGAUCGUCCCAACUACACUGGCCACCAGUACCUCCUUAGGAGAGGAGAGUAUCCUGAGUAUCAGCACAUGAUGGGUUUCAGUGACUGUAUUAGGUCAUGCCGUAUGAUCCCAGCGUACAAAGGAACCUAUAGAGUGAGGAUCUAUGAGAGGGAGAACUUUGGAGGCCAGAUGAAUGAGCUGAUGGAUGACUGCGACUCCAUCCAGGAUCGCUUCCACAUGUCUGACAUCCAGUCCUGUCACGUGAUGGAUGGUUACUGGCUGAUGUACGAGCAGCCCCACUACAAAGGCAGGGUGAUAUACUUGUGGCCUGGAGAGUACAGGAGCUUCAGAGACAUGGGAUAUGAUAACUUAAGAUUCGGCUCUAUCAGGAGAUUCAUGGAUUCCUGCUAA